AUGAAGAGGAAAUACAGAAAGAUUUCCCGGCAUCGUCCGCAUACACUCACUGCUGCCUUGCCAUAUCCAUACAAUGGUCCAAUGAAGCAGAAGAGCAGAGAGGACACCCACCGGGUCACCCCAGAGCAGAGAGGACACCCACCGGGUCACCCCAGAGCAGAGAGGACACCCACCGGGUCACCCCAGAGCAGAGAGGACACCCACCGGGUCACCCCAGAGCAGAGGACACCCACCGGGUCACCCCAGAGCAGAGAGGACACCCACCGGGUCACCCCAGAGCAGAGAGGACACCCACCGGGUCACCCCAGAGCAGAGGACACCCACCGGGUCACCCCAGAGCAGAGAGGACACCCACCGGGUCACCCCAGAGCAGAGAGGACACCCACCGGGUCACCCCAGAGCAGAGGACACCCACCGGGUCACCCCAGAGCAGAGAGGACACCCACCGGGUCACCCCAGAGCAGAGAGGACACCCACCGGGUCACCCCAGAGCAGAGGACACCCACCGGGUCACCCCAGAGCAGAGAGGACACCCACCGGGUCACCCCAGAGCAGAGAGGACACCCACCGGGUCACCCCAGAGCAGAGGACACCCACCGGGUCACCCCAGAGCAGAGAGGACACCCACCGGGUCACCCCAGAGCAGAGAGGACACCCACCGGGUCACCCCAGAGCAGAGAGGACACCCACCGGGUCACCCCAGAGCAGAGAGGACACCCACCGGGUCACCCCAGAGCAGAGGACACCCACCGGGUCACCCCAGAGCAGAGAGGACACCCACCGGGUCACCCCAGAGCAGAGAGGACACCCACCGGGUCACCCCAGAGCAGAGAGGACACCCACCGGGUCACCCCAGAGCAGAGAGGACACCCACCGGGUCACCCCAGAGCAGAGGACACCCACCGGGUCACCCCAGAGCAGAGAGGACACCCACCGGGUCUCCCCAGAGCAGAGGACACCUACCGGCUCUCAACGUUCCUUUCCUUCAGCUGCUCCUCGUCCUCGUCUAUCUGCUCCUCCAGCAGUUUAAUCUUUGUGUCUCUCUGUUCCGGAGUCUCCUGA